AUGGCCGGUCGCGAAUCGGGACGUAUCCGAGAGGCAGACAAAAAGCGAACCCUGGACGAUGCCGCACGCCAACGACGCGCGCGCAAAGCGCUGGAAGCACUCGAGCAGGACAACUUCCACGAAGACCCGCACGCUGACCUGGUCAUGUCGAAGAAGGUGCCCAAAUUCAGCGACAAUCUCGAUGGCAGCGGACCGAGCAAGAAGAAACACCGCCGCACGAAAGGGGCCGAAUACUAUCGCGCAAAGUAUCGUAAAACGUUUCCACAGUUGUUGGAUGAGGAACGGCAGCAGCGACCAGAUCCGCCGAACUAUUUCAGUGCCGCUGCACCCGCUUCCCGACUGCCCGAGCGACACUUUUGUGCGGUGUGUGGAUUUCCCUCGAGCUACACGUGCACCGCUUGCGGAACGCGAUACUGCUGCGUACGAUGCUUGGGUACGCAUCAGGACACGCGGUGCUUAAAAUGGACCGCUUAGAGGACUUAGAGUGAGUGAGUGUGCCGGAAACGGAAGGUAUAUUGUAAUAAACUGAAAUAAAUUCUCAUAACUUAAACGGAAAAACACACACAAA